UGUAGGGCAAAGAGUCGUUCACUGUGACACCACCACCUGUUGCUGGAAGUAAAUUCAGCCAACUAUCGAUUAGUUCAUCAUAGGUUAAUCCUUCAAUUUCGAUUAGUUGUUUUGUGCCCUUCACAAACUUCAGCCGAACGUGACGUCAUCAUACGUCUUUUGUUUUGUAUUUUGUUGCAAGAAAAGUCAGAAUACAUAACAAAGAACAGCUCCUCAGAGGCUCGAAUCUGCCAUGGCCGCCCCCGUCGCCAGUAAACCCUUCAGCGCGGGGGAUACCCGGAGGAUUCUGCGUCAUCUGCAGCAGCCGGCGGUGUUCGUGAACGCGACCUGCGACUGGCCCGCCCUCCGCUGGACCGCGGAGCACCUGUCCGUCUGCCUCGGCGACAAACUCGUCCGGUUCAGACUCGGGAGAAAGGAGGAGACGAACACACCACUGUUUGAAACCCAGUGUUCCUACGUGGAGGCCACGCUGGGGCACUUUCUCAACUGGACCCGGGGUCAGUCCAGGACUAAGGAUGUAGGACCCUUCUCCGAAUUCUCCCACUCAGAGUAUUGGGCUUACGCCGACUACAAAUACAUCGCGCUCUUGUUUCAAGAUCAGUCUUCCAUGUUUGAGGAUGUAAGGUGGUCCGACUUUGGUUUCGAGGGACGCGACGGGAGAGACAGCACCUUAUGGAUUGGCACAGAAGGGGCCAACACACCGUGCCACCUGGACUCUUAUGGCUGUAACCUGGUGCUGCAGGUACAAGGACGGAAACGCUGGCACCUCUUUCCUCCGGAGGACACGUCUACACUCUACCCGACCAGGAUCCCCUACGAGGAGUCGAGUGUCUUCAGCCAGGUGGACGUGCUCCGUCCAGACCUGAGCAGGUUCCCCGACUUUCACGGAGCCAGAGUCCACGUCGUCACUCUGCAGCCAGGACAGGUGCUUUAUGUUCCCAGACACUGGUGGCACUAUGUGGAGUCCGUGGAUUCCGUCACUGUCAGCGUCAACUCCUGGAUUGAGUUGGAAGCGGACGACGUGGCGAGAGUUGGCGAAGCGGUGACAAAGGCCGUCGUCUGCGCUCUGAAAGGCCGCCGGAGUGAUGACAACACCGACGACUGGCUCAAUCCCACCGAGGAAGGGGUCGCAUCCCAUAAUGAGAACAUGCAGUAUUUAAACCUGGCGAUUGCAGCCUGUGCUCAAACACAAGAGGUCGUCUGCCGGGGCGAACCGACCUGGGAGCCCAGGGACAUGCGUCCGGCCAAACGGGACUCCAGCGGACAAAUUAGGGCAAAAAACAGCGAUGUAACGAGGGAUCCUUCAGCGUCCUUCAGCGUUCCCUACGGGCCGCAUCUCGUCUCCGUGCGCUGUCGGCAGGACGACUCAACGGAGACGAGGGACGUGACCCCAAAAGAUCCGGAGGUCGGAUCUCAAGAGGAGGGCGGUGACAGCUCGGCUGCGGCACAGAAAACCGAGCCUGCAGCUGCUGUGGCGUCCCUCCGGGGGAAACGCGAUCGCGCAGGUUUAUCUCAGCGUGACUGUGCAGACGGAGCAUCGGAGGACUCUUCAGAGGGUUCAAGAGAUUCGAUAAUAACCACUAAUGACCUGUUGGAGUGCCUGGUGCAUCCUGAUGUCAUCGCCCGUGUCACCGAGCUCUUACUGAAGAGGCACAUGGGGAGUCACGGGACCGCCGCACAGCCCUAGCUUCAAUAUUUUUUCCUGCCACACACUAUCUCAUUUUUUUCCGGCUGCGAGACGUCACGACCAAAGACUAGCCACUCGAUAUGACACUGUCGAGUGGCUCUUAACGUUUUUCUUGUUUUGUUGUCGUCGUCCCACACAGACUAAUCCCGUUUGACCCCCCCCCCCCGCCCCCGAGUAGAAGAAGAAUCAUGACCACUUGAAUGAAUUUAAUAUGCAAACAAACCACAAUAAUGCCAAGAUGUGAACAUUUGUUCUCCGGGUAAUGUUUUUCCUCUGUCGUGUAGUAAUGAGAUGUUGUCACUGAGCGGGAGCAGGCGGCCGAUGGUCGUAACGGCUUGAUGACGGAUGAUGAGCUGUGUACGGAGCGGUGAACGAAAUGGGUGUGCAUCUACAAAUAAACAUAAUCAUGUCAACCAGCAA